GGGCUCGGUGCCAUGGCGGCUGGCGGAGCGGAGGAGCGGGGAGGUUUGGAAGCCGCUGUGCGGGGUGGUUUGCGUGUCCUCCGGGAGCGAUGGAUGCGGGGGACCCGCGAACGCGGCGGUACCGCCGCGUUCGCGGGUCCCCCGCAUCCAUCGCUCCCGGAGGAGGUGAGCGCCCUGCAGAUGCUGCCGAUAAACGUGCAGCUGAACAUCAUGUCCUUCCUCUCGCCCCAUGAUUUGUGCCAUUUGGGUAGCACGAGUCGUUACUGGAGGGCGGCUGUGCGAGAUCCAUUGUUGUGGAGGUAUUUUCUUCUGAGGGAUCUCCCCUUUUGGACAUCUGUUGAUUGGAAAUCGCUCCCAGAUGUGGAGAUUUUUAAUAAAGCUUUUUCAGAGGUCAGCGAUAAAGCACUGUAUGAUUACAUGGCGGUAUAUAAAAAAAGCUGUCCUCAGAGUAGAAGAAGUCUGAAAUCAAACCGUCCCCGGUAUGGGGCUGUGACUUCCUUUUUGCAAUCACUGGUCACCCAAGCAGAACCUCGCUUUGCUAUGUUCGGGCCAGGUUUGGAAGAGCUGGACGACUCUUUAGUGCAAAACAUGAUGACGUGCCCAGAAAUUCUGCUAGUAGCUGGACUUCCACAAAGACAAAUUCAUGGAAUUGGGUCAGGAGUCAGUUUUCAGUUCAAUAAUCAAAAAUUCAAUAUUUUGACAUUGUAUUCAACCACUAGUGUGGAAAGGAGGAGAGCAAGGGCAGAGCAAGCUGUUGCUGUGAAUAAGAUGUUCUACCAAGAGAACAGCAUAGUAGGGAAUCAGCAAGCCGUGCACUACAGUGUAAUAGCUCAAGUGAAAAAGGUGUGCGAAGUAGUUGAUGGAUUCAUUUAUGUUGCUAAUGCAGAAGCCCAUAAAAAGAAUGAUCGUCAAGAGGAACUGGCUCGUAUUCUGGCAAUGAUUGAUCCCGCCCUUGGGCCUCCGAACAGACCUCUGCUAGUGUUGUCUUGUGUCUCUCACACUGGUGUGAAAAGAAUUCCCUGUGUUUAUAUGGCACAUCAGUUGCAACUAAAUCUGCUAUGUCAGCCCUGGAUGGUGCAGGACACUGUAGCUGCAACUUUAGCUGGAUUGCUAAAUGGAAUUGAGUGGCUCCUGGAAGAAGCAAGUUGUAAAAAUGCACAGUAGUGGAACUGUGCAUUAUUUUACUGUAUAGAGACUGGUGUUUUGCAGUUGAGAUGAAGUGGGAAUCUUUUCCUGACAGUGUUGUCAGAAAGGAGAUGUAAAAGGCAGACCUGCAUAUAUUUCACUACAUGUACUUCGAUAAUUAAUCUUCUUCCAACUGUAGUCCUGAAAUAGAAGUACAAGUAGGAUUGCCUGGAUUGCAGCAGCUGAAGAAGUUAUUUUGGGGAGCAAUCUGGGUGUUUUAAUUUUUUUCUUUCUUUAAAGCUGGGCGCUUGAGGGUGCAAUCUUUUCUAACUAUAUCUGAUAAUCUAUUUUCUGUAAAUACACCUAACACUAGGUUCAUUCACCAGAGUGGCCGUUAUGGCACACGUCACACAUUUAGUAAACAUAUUCAGUGGAGAUCUUGACAGCGAUGGUUCCCAACCAAAGAAAAUACACUGUAUGUAGUAUAGUAGCAAGUUGACAAGAAGACAGUAUCUCUUUCAAAAUAGUAAAUUCCUCUGUAUUUUUUCCAGAAGCAAUGCUUGGACAAGAAAUAGCACCUGUGGGAGAACUGUUGACCCAGACCAAAAUUCUUAGAAGGCAACAAACUACCAUGUAUGAAUUGGUUGUUUCUUGUUUGUGAUCUUGUUUAUUAACUGACCACAGAAGACUUCAGCAUCUCCCUGCAUUCUGUUGCAGUGAAAUUAUUCACUUGAACUGGACAUACCUCUGAUGUCAUGAAUAAAUAUUAAAUGGAAUUGUUAGUACUUCAGGAAAUUUAUGGAAUCCAGAAGACCUGUCAGUUACUCAAAUAGUUGUGGCCCUAUGCAGAUGUGAAGUAUACUUGCCUUGAAAUUUUCUACACAGUUGCACAUAUUUUUAUAAAAAGGGAAACUGCCUUUUACAGUUGGAAUUGCAUUUUCCAUAUUGAUGCCAUUUGAGAUAGUCCUUGUCUUCCACCUUUUUAAUAUUUUUUUAAUUAUGGAUGAAUGUUCAGAAACUACUUGGAUUUCUUGCCUAUGCAUGUAUUUGUUUUGUUCAGGUGGGUUUUUUUUUUGUUUUUUCCUUUCUGUUUCUUCAUGGAAUUACAACUUUUUUUUGGUACCUAGAUAUAUCGCUACAUAGUGUACAUUCGUCUGUAAUUGCCCUCAAGUAUGUGUGUGGUGCUCAACCCAGCUGUGUUGGGAAUAUUGAGAAGUUUUUUAUUUUUUAAGGAGCCAGAACAGACACAGGAAGUGUUACGUGUUUUGUUUUUUAAUCUCCAUGCACAAUUAACUCAGCUUUCUAGUUGUUUUUAUACACCUUCUAAUCAGGACAUACAGAUUUUCAAGGGAGAAUCCAUGGGAAGCUGUCCUAUGAGAAUUCUGUGUUUUAUCCUUUUCUUAAUAGGAUAUGUGUGCUUUGGCCUUCAAAAUAGAGAAGACACUAAAGUUUUAUGAGAAUUUUGGGAAAAUUCCACACUUUGUGACUGGAUGUAUGUGACUUUCCUGCAUGUCAUAAUUCCGUGAUGUUCUACCUGUAGAGGGCUGAAUGCAGAAACCUGUUGCUAUGUUAGCUACUACAAAGACUUUUUUUCAAUGCAAGAUCUUUGUUCUGCUUUCUUCUUAAGGAAUAAAUUAUUUUUUACAGAACGAUA